UCCUUGCCGUCACAAGGAUCAUGUGAUUCGUCUCUUCAAUAAUCAGGGACAGCCAGGGACCGUCUGGUCGAAUCAUCUGUGAAUACAUAUAAAACACUUUGUUUUCGUUUGCAAAGUGAUUUAUUAGAAGAACAGAAAUGGGAGCGUCUGCUGCACCGGUCCUUAUUUUCUCAAUAUUGUGGGGCGUGGUUGGAAUCGUCUUACCGUUCUUCGUUCCAAAAGGUCCUAACCGGGGAAUCCUUCAAGCUAUUUUGAUGUUGACGGCAUUUACUUGUUGGUUGUUCUGGUUAUGUUGUUACAUGGCGCAAAUGAAUCCAUUGAUUGGACCUAAGCUGCCCAAUACAACUAUUCUUAUAAUGGCUCGCGAAUGGGGCAAUCCAAUUGAGACGUAAAUUCCAUUAUUUACAAUUCUGUUUGUAAAUAUUUUGUCUAUUCAUGAGGUAAUACUUCCUCGAGCUAUAGGAGCCCCUGCAAAGCAGCAUCCUUACAUGUGGUAUACAACUGUAAUUCAUUUAUGUAUAAUACGAAUGUAGCAACGGCAAUGUGAUUAAUUCACCCCGCUGUAUCGACUACUCGUUCAUCUGUAUUUUUCUUUUGCAACGAGAUGGAUCCAUGUCGGGCGUGUUAACGGAGGCCUCAAAAUAUUUAUUCUAGCAGCAGGACUCAGUAUUACAUUCUGGAAAGCGUUAUGUUUAAUUUAGGAAUCAUAUCGAGUACUUCACAAUAAAUAUUUUUCUCUCGAGUAGAACUUCCCUUA